CGGCGUUUGAGUUUCGUUGUCGGCCGUUCUCGGUCGCAUCCGACCAUGCAAACCUGUGCAGUUGUUUGUACUGAACAACCGACAAGUUCUAAAGUGGUGGAUGACGAAAACUUUCCUGUUUUGACGAAACUCGAGGCAAACGCUUGCGAAGCCAAGCCGUUUAGCCCCUUGCCGGCAUAUCACCCUGCUAAGGUUACAGAAGUUAUCGAAAUUCCCAAUGAUCAGCGGAGGUACCAGAAUGAGGAUCCAAACGCUGCUGGGAAGCGCUUUGAUGCACACAAGCGAAAAUGUAUGGAAAUCAUAAGGGAAACCGGAGUCGAAAUGAACAUGACCAAUUCUAAAUCGAACAUGCUUACAAUAGUUCUCUCAGGCCAUCCUGUCAAGGUUUCUCAGGCCAAGCGGGGCAUUCUGGCCGAACUACAACAACAGGAAACAGUCAGAAUUCCCGUCCCGCAUGAGUUUCAUGGCUAUCUGAUCGGUAGGCGUGGAGAUAGGUUGCGAGAACUUCAGGCCCACACUAUGACACGCAUCAGCGUUCCUCCAGCCAACUCAACAGAUCCAGACAGUAUUACUGUUACCGGUUCGAAACAGGGGAUCGCAGAGGCCAAACGGAUCAUUACUGAAACCAUCGAACGACAGUCGCAGCAAGGAUUCGAACGUUUGGAUAUACCGAAGAUAUAUCAUCCAUUCCUUCUGGGACCAAAUGGUCAAUUGCUUGAUAAUCUGAGACAACGGACGCUCACAAAAAUCAAUUUCCCUCCUCCGAAUAUUCCGGCUAACAUCAUAACUGUAUCCGGCAAGCGUGAAGGUGUGUUGCAGGCGUCCGAAGAAAUGCGUGCAAUAUAUGAGCAGAUUAUUGUCAAUGGUUCUCCAGAAGAAGUCAGUGUCAUCGCCAGGCGACUCAAGGCCCGGAUAGCGGAGCUUGNGGAACUCCCCACAGACGACACUAGUGAGGAGCUAAUACUCCGCGGUAGACCAGAAGACUUAGGAAGAGCGUUAUCCAUGGUGUACGAACGGGCCGAGAGUUCCAUUACAGAAGAAAUCCCCGCAUCCAACCGGUUUCACAAACUUCUCAUCGGGAAGCGUGGCAGUGCCCUGGCAGAGCUUCGCGAAGGGUACGAAAGGGUUCAUGUCGAAUUCCGUGAUAACCAGGAUAAGAUUACUGUCGAGGGUCCCCCCGAAGAAGUCGGUGUCAUUGUCGAGCGACUCAAGGCCCGGAUAGCGGAGCUUGAGGCUACUGUGGCCAUGGAUACUUUGCGAGUGGAUCCUAAAUAUUUCCGACACAUCAUUGGUCGACAGGGCGCGACUAUCUUACGCCUAAGGGAACACAAAGUCCAAAUCCGUCUUCCGACUUUGGAGCGUGGUGACAACCUGGCUGCAGAUCAAAUCGUCAUUGAGGGCGACCCUGUCGGUGUGGAAAAAGCCAAAGCGGAAAUACGUCAGUUGGUAGAAAGGCUCGAAAACGAAAAGUGUAAGGACAUGAUUAUCGAACCACGUGUUCAACAGCUGCUCUGUACCGGUUAUAAGGGCGCACCACCCCCAAUCCGAACUAUAUACGACGGUUUUCCGAAAGUUAGUUUCGUUUGGCCCGAUUUUCACCAGUCUGAUGAAACUGUCGGGUCUGUGAACAACGACAAUCCCUCAAAAAGCGUCGUACAACUCCGUGGGGACCGACAGCAAGUUGAUGCAGCAGCUGAACGUUUGGUGAAGCUUAUAAAACAAGUUAUUGAAGAAAAUUAUCGUCAGGAGAUUCGACUUUUCAAAGAGUUCCGUCCUCAUAUUUUCGGCCGUGGCUCAUCUAGAUUACAGAGGCUAUUGGACGACACUAAGACGCGCAUCCAGUAUCCCAAUCCUUCGGACGGCUCCGACGUUUUUACCAUCAUUGGUCGCGAAGAAAACGUGCAGCAAGCGAUUAAGCAACUUGAAGACUUACAAAAGCAGCUGGCUAAUGUCAAAGAAGUCAUUGUUUCUAUCCCCUCAGCACUUACCACAAAGUUCGUCGGAGACCAAGCCCCUAGUCUGCGUUCGAUCUGCGAGCAAUGUUCCGGUGUACAUAUGCGAUUUUUGAAUCCUCGCCAAAAGAACCCCCGCAACACGAACCAAGUAGAAGUUGUCAUGCUGGGCCCGCCGGACGAGUUGGCAAAAGCACAGAAGCUCUUGGAUCAGUUGAACGCCAAAGUUGCACAGCUGUGUGCUGAGGCAACCUCAGAUGGCUGUGACCGUGGCGACAAACCGUGUGUGGAACACGUUCAUCCUCCCUCUCACCGCGACUGUCGUCUUACGUCGUUAAUUGUCUUGUUCUCGACUGGGUUUCAGGAGUUGGUUCACGUGGACCCCAAAUUCCAUGGAUUCUUGAUUGGUCGCCAAGGUUCCAAUAUCAUUCGGUUCCGCGAACGACACAACGUUGAGUUACUGUUCCCCGAUCGUAUGGAAACUGAUCCCAAACUUUCCAUGGAAAUCCGAAUUGUUGGGACCAAGGAUGGUGUUACCGCCGCGAAGGCGGAUUUGGAGGCGCUCAUUAAAACUAUUGAAGAUGAGGUUGAGCACAGUGUCGCCGUGGACCCAAGUGUUUUACGUGAUAUACUCAACUACCGCCGAUCCUUCACAUAUCCAGACCUAGAGCGGGUGCGGGUUAUCAUGCCCAAAACCAUCGGCCGGUCAAGUGAGGAAAAUCCUGGUGUUCAGGGCGAGAGUACCGUAAUAAAGCUCAUCGGUCAGAAGGCCUGUGUUGAGGCGGCUACUCAGGCACUACAAUCCCUGAUCAGUGAUGUCAAGGAACAAGUCACCAAAGAGUUUCCCCUUUCCGACCCCAGCCAGUUCAUAGUCCUUGAUCGUGCUCGGUCGCAAUUCCGCGAAAUGGAGCGCAAUCACCGUGUCUUCAUCAACCUUCCUCGAACAAUGCCGAAUGCACAACCGGAUACGAGCACUUCGGCAGCGUGUCUGCUCAUCACCGGUCGGCCCGAACAGGUUGAUUUGGUGUUCGAGGAGGACAUCAAACCCAUCCUCCCAGUGGAAGAAGAAUUUCCAUUGGCCAAAGAGUUCCAUCGCAGUCUGAUUACUGUCCCCACAACAGAACGUGAGCGACCCAGACGAGGCGCUCCUCGGGGGCGACCGCAAAGUGAUUCACUGGAUGAGGUUGCUGCUUCCGAAGGACAGUCCAAGGCUACUGAGCUGAAACAAAAGCAUGGGGUUCUUAUUCGCCUUCCUCCGCAAGCCACCGAUACCAACUGUGUGUUUCUCCGCGGUACUCCUAGUCAGAUAACCGCAGCGAAAGCUGACUUGACCGAAUGGGUGGAACAAUGCGAAGCGCUCAAAGCCGACCGGAUCGCAAGGAGCUAUGAGCUAACCGUGCAUGUACCCACUCGUUUUAUACAGUCAAUCAUCGCACUUCGACAAAAGCUAACCGCAACUCAUGACGUUGCUAUGCGUUUUGGUGCUGAUUUACCACCAGUCUCCUCGGUCCCUGAUGGUUCCGAACAAUUGCUUGUAAAUGGAUCAGCCCAUCCUGAAGAUCCAGUGGAAGAUGGUGAAAUAGAACCCCCUCCUGAACAAUACAUCCCUACACCCGAUAAGGCCCCUGUACCAGAUGAAGAGCGGCUUAGUACCGUCAUCUUCCGCGGCUACCAGGAACGAGUCGCUGCCGCCAAGGAAGAGUUAGAAGCUGCCAUCGCCAAACUUAAAUCUCAGGUCACGGAAGCCCUGUGUAUACCAGCAGAGGUCCAUUCCAUAUUGAUCGGUUCCCGUGGCUCCGCAAUCCAGAAGGUAAUGCAGGAGUUCAGCGUACAUGUCGAGUUCCCUAAUCGCCAAGCGCGUGAGUCUGGUGAUGCAGAUACGGUGCUUGUGUCUGGUGAUCAGGAGAACGUGGAUCGCGCCUGUGACUUUCUAAUCGCGAAAGCGAACGAUCUGAUUGUCCGUUUAGACUCGGAAAAUCGGAACACACGACAAAAACAGUAUCGUGAGGAACUUCUCCCCGCCAACGGAACCCUGCCCAAACCCAGUGAUCAUUUACGAGCGUGAUUUCCUGCUUGCGGACUCGGAACUCCAGAGGUUUGGUUUACUGACCACAACAAUACUGAAAUUGCCUCCUCUGUUUCGUGCCUUAUUAUUUUUUUCACAGUCUCUUCUCUGUCGGUUGCCCCGUUCGUUCCGAACAUAGUUCCAAAUUCGAAAACAAAACUAGUUUCAAGCGAAAAUCUUGUAUUUGAAUUUUUGUGUACAACAUUCAAUAUCUCGACAGUUCUGUCCCUCCCCAGACACCAUUGGGUUUUUCAGACUUCCUUAUGCCCCACUUCAAUCGAUAGCUUCACAACGAAGGUGUGACCUUGUUUGUGAGGGACAUAUUGAUAGCUGCUGCAACGUUCCUACGUUUACUCAUGUGAUGGACCAGUGGGCUCGACGUAUCUGCCACCCGCUUGUCCUAUUCGGGGCCUUCGUUCUGAUGAUAUACCGUUAUUCCGAUUCCUUCGAUUGUCGCGUUAUUUUUUGAAGUGUGUUUGUAUGUGGGUGCUUCUUCCUUGCCACUUAUCCUACUGUCAAGGGCACCCCGGCGCUCGUCCAACGCACACUGCUGUCAGCGUCUUUUAUGCGAAUGUUUGGUGGAUGUCUUCAUCUUGUGUUUGUUUCUCUUCUGAUUUCCGGUUCACUUUUGCAAUACAUUUAUUAAUGAUCCCCUG